AUGCCAUUUUUAUCCUUGACGCAAUUAAAUAUCACUCAUUCAUCACUUCGUCGACUUCAUUUGAAACAUUAUCGUGCAAAAAUGAAUCGAUAUAUGAACACUGCUCAAUAUUUUAUCUUGGGUGAUUCAUCACUCGAACGUCAAGGUGAAGUUCUUCUAAUUCGUGUUGAAAAUCGAGCAAUCAUCCUUGAUCUUGCCCGUACGAUGGAUAAUCUUCGAGCAUUAAAUUGUAGAUGUCAAGAUGAUAUUUGGAAUAAUAAUUCAUUAUUAUUUUCAAAAGAUGAGUUAGUUGAAUGGUUGCGAAAUUCAGUGUCAGAAAAAUGUUCCAUUCGUCGACAACAAUCUCGUCUCAUACAACUGUGGAUUCAUCGAUAG